AUGAAUGCAUCGAGAAAGCAGGCAUCCAAUCUCAAAGAACAGGCUGUUCGCGUAACAGACGCCGUUCGUGCUCUGGCCAACUUUUACGCUGCACAGCUCCUAUCAUGUUCCAACCAAAUCCCAACCUCGUAUUCCAAUGUCCGAAUGAUUCAUGCCCAUAUGAUCGCUUCUGGGUUCAGGCCGCGGUCUCAUAUCCUCAACCGUUUGAUGGAUUUGUAUUGCAAAUCAUCUAACCUUGUAUACGCACGCCAACUAUUCGAUGAAAUUGCAGAACCAGAUAUUGUUGCCAGAACAACCUUUAUUACUGCAUAUUCCGCUUCUGGAAAUCUAAAGCUGGCAAGAGAAAUAUUUAACAACACUCCUUUAAAUACUCGAGAUACAGUUUGCUACAAUGCCAUGAUAACAGCCUGUGCUCAUAAUGAUGAUGGUAACGCUGCUAUUGAGCUCUUUCGUGACAUGAAAAGAAACAAUUUUCAGCCGGAUAACUACACCUACACAAGCAUGUUAUCGGGGUUGUCUCUUAUAGCUGAGCACGAAUUACAUUGUGUUCUUCUUCACCUUUCGUAA